AUGGAGGUUCCUCCCGAGAUGCCUCCUUCAACUCCUUUGGCAUCUAGUCCUGUCGCAGAGGUAGAGCCAUCCUUGCCUACACCGGUUCCUCCAAUCUUCACUGAUGCGCUGAUGUUGGUAUCCCAUGUCCAUGAUAGGUCUGUAGAGUAUACAUCUACAGUUUCCAACCUUUGUUCUGAGCUUGAAGUUGUCCGCCAAGAGGAGAUUUCCCUAUUUGGAGGUAGGUUCCAAAGUUGUCUUAGGGAACUUUGCAGUCGUGUUGGUGAUGUUGAGGACAAGGAAAAGGGUAUCAAGAUUUUGAAGGAGGACUGGGGAAAAUUGCAUAUACACAUUGCUUCAUACAACAACUUCCCCACCGCUGCUAGAUUAGCUUCCUCUGCUGCUGGUUUAGCUUGUUUUGGUAAUAUACAAAUUUUAAGUCUUUCUUCUUUACAUAUAGAUGUAGUGUUGUUUUAA